GCUCACUGACCACUGUGACCGCGCAGGCUACAACCUCGCAUAGUGUGCCCUGUCAAGCAUCUCUCCAAGGUCGCGGUUGAGGUCCUCCCGGUUCUCCAAAUAGGCAAGCCAUAACGUUUACCGACCAAGGACAAGGGUCGCUGCCGCGCUGAAGCCGCGUUUCUUCCACCAUUAGGAACGUCAGAGCGCUUCAUCGAACGGCAGUGGCAUGCUUCAGCGUGGCUGACCCAAUGAGGCCGACGACUGGCCGCCAUCCGUUGCACUCUUCUGGAGCCUGUCGCUGAUCUCACUCUGUCAAGUAAUCAACCGUGCGUGCGCCGCAGCGGACGCAUGACCACUGUGGCACCAUCCAACUUCAAGCUGGCUACGGCGCAUCGCUCGCUUUCGCACGACGCCGAGCUCGGAGCUCGGAGCUCGGACGCCGCAGCAAGCACCAAUCGCACUGGUAUUCGUAUGCAGCCACCCAGCGCUGGUCGUCAACGCCAUUGAUGCAUUCACGGGAGCUGCUGCCGGCACGACCACUUUCUUGUUGGGUGUCAAAGACAAGCUCUCGCAAACCUCUAUGUAUGGAUAUUAUAUGCGAAUAUAGAGGUUUUGCGCUGACGAAACAGGAUACGCUUUUUUUUUAGAUUUUAUUUUUGCUGUCCACUCGGCAGCGUUCUCGAAGGCGACCAGUGCGAUGACGGAACCGGCGGCGAUGGCCAAGUCGCUCAGCACGGUGCUCCUGCUCGGGCAGAUUGGCCCGAGCCACGAGCGCAGCCUCGAGGCGCCGACGCCGGGCUCGCCAGCCUCGGCGAAAGACCACAAGGACGACGUUGCGCUCUUGAUUGCAACGUCGACCGCCGUCCUCUCGACGAUCCAGGUUUUGCGACGCAUCAUUCGUGAAAAUGCCUAUGGUCGUGUUGGCCGCGAGCUCCAGCACCUCUCGCUCACGGUAGCAUCCUUUGAGCGUGUCCUGUACAGCUUCAUCAAGGAAGAGGUCAUUUGCAACCCGCGCCUCGACUACCGCGACAAGCAGGCACUCAAAGACAUCAUUCCGCUCAUCCCCAUGGACAAGCGUCAUGCGAUCUUGGCCGGCGGCGUCGCCUCGUUGCUGCGGCAUGUGACCGUGUCGAUGGAGGAUACAAAGGACGUUCUCCAGCGGCUCUCGCACAACUACGAUCCGUUCUGGGAAAACCGGUGGUCCGCAACCCCGUUCGUCGUCACGGCCAUCUUCUUCUACAUGGCCCGGAAGCGCUUCGUGCACCGCGAGUCGUUCCGGUCGAUCUUGCUCACGUUCCUUCCGUCAUUGCGCCACGUCGAAGCCGGCGUUCUUGGCCUCAUCUGCUACGACUAUGCGUGGCGCCUUCUCUACCGCUUCUCCAAAUUGCGCCAGCUCAAGGUGCACCACUCGCGCGUACUCAUGACGCUACGUCUCUUCCUCCUCUGCCAGCACGUACUCGACCGCACGCGCUUGAACCGGUCCAAGUCGCAGCGCCUUCUCAUCGACGCGCCCAUGGAAGCCGACAUCAACGACCACCUCAAGUCGGCCAGCGUCCUCCUCAUCGAGCGUGUCCCGCUGCCGUCCGAGAUCUACGACCGGUCGCACGAGCACGUCGGGCUCACGGCCUUCAAGGCCGGCACGUCCGUGCUCCUUGCGUCCGCGGCGACCGCGCGCUGGCUCGUCGGCGACCACCUCUUCCCGUACCUCGGCCCGUACCUCUCGGCCGCGCUCGUGCCGUACUACGGCGUGCGCUUCAAGAAGGCCUGUCGGUACGUCACGCGCCUCCUCAUGGACAACCCGGACGUCGACACGAUCCGCAUGGGCUGGCGGCUCUUUGGCGAAUCGUUUCUAGCGAUUCGCAUGGCGCUGCUCCAGUCACCCAAGCUCGCGGUGCGGCACCAGAUCUUUGUCAACGCGCACGGCGUCGCGGCCGGGCGCUACCAGCGCGACGCGAGUGACAUUGGCAUCCGCGUCUUUAGCGCCCGCUCGAUGGAGCACGUCAAGAACGGCACGUGGCCGUCAACGCUGCCGGCGAACCUCGCGGCCAUUGGGCUGCCGUACGCGCGCCCUGUGCUCCUCUACAUCCACGGCGGUGGUUUUUUCGGGCGGUUCCUUGCCAAAGACCUCUUCAACUUGAGCGAGUGGGCCGUCGCGCUCGGUGCUGUCAUUGUCUACAUUGAUUACGGCUUGGCGCCCGAGAUGCAGUACCCGCACUCGCUCAACCAGUGCUUCACCGUGUACAAGUGGGUCCUCGAUGGCGGUCUGGGGUUCGUUCCGUCCAGCAUUGCGUUCUUUGGCGAGAGCGCCGGCGGCAACCUCGCGGCCGCGCUCACGGUCAAGUGCACGCUUGAGAACGUCCGCCUCCCCAACGGCAUCCUCCUCGUGUACCCGGCGCUCAACAUGAACAUGUCGCCGUCGCCGUCGCGCUUUUUGCACCAGAGCGACCCGGUGCUGCCGCGGGCGAUCCUCGAGCUCGCGCUCAAGUCGUACAACCCGUCGCAUGGCGACGACGCCGAGUACAAGGACAACAUCCACGACCCAAUGGUGUCGCCCGGCCUCGCCAACGACACGAUCCUCUCGCAGUUCCCGCACACGACGCUCAUGGUCGGCGACCUCGACCCGCUCCUCGACGACAGCGUCGACUUUCACACGCGCCUCUCCAACCUCCAUGUGCCCGGCGCGCUCAAGGUGCUGCCCGACCUCACCCAUGGCUUUCUUAUCUACGGCGACCUGGUGCCCGCGGCCCAGCGCGCGAUCGACGACAUGCGUGAUACCAUCUUUGGCAUCUUCCAGCGCGAUCUCGACUAAGAAUCCAAGACGACGGCGUUCUUUUGGCAUUAAUACCAGAAUGAGUGCAGUCCCAAGUAGCCCCUUGGGCGAGCAUGUUGACGCAACAUCCUCAUGGCCGCGGGCGCCAUGUACGCAGCGCCAUAUCGCGGUGGUAGCGAGGUGGA